GCCACUUCCUUCUUGACGGCCACGAUGCCACCAGCCAUCGCCACGGACGUUGACUUUGUCCUUCGUUUGGCCAAACGCGAUGCCAUCAAGUCCAACCACGGCAUUGUCGAAGCCGAGCAUUUUGUUCGAGCACUGUACAGCACGAGCGAGACCUUGUUGCCCCAAGCCAUUGAUGGUCAAGCCAAUCCAGUUCUGGAGCCCGUGACUGCCGACAAGGACGACGACAACGACACGAGCCAUGCUACGAUUUCCCCUCACUUCCAACUUGUCUUGGACAACGCCGUCAACAUGACGCUCACCGAGCAGCUGUCAACUGAAGCCGUCGUGUUUAGCAUUCUCAUGAACAACGGCAAACAGAAGGAGAAGCCCCUUGCACUCCUCUCGCCCACCGCCGGGGCGAAAAAGGAGGAGCCCUCGCGGAGGGCCAUCGUUGGACCGGUGGACGCGCAAGUGAUGCCGCGGUUCGGCGGGGCCCCAACCUUUGCCCGCCUCCCCCGUCUAGACCAAGUGACCUUCUGUGACGUGGCCAUCUUGGGCCUGCCCUACGAUAGCGGAUGCACCUAUCGCCCCGGUGCCCGCUUCGGUCCGUCCGCGGUGCGUCAAGCCUCGCGCAUCCUUCGACCGUACCACACCACUUUAAAAGUAAACGCAUUCCACGACCAGCAGUGCGUGGAUGCUGGCGACGUGUGCUGCAAUCCGUUCAACGUCACAGAAACCAUGACCACCGUGGUCGACCACGUCUCGGAGCUGUUGCAGCUGCCGUCGCGGCCACGGAUCGUCGCGGUGGGCGGCGACCACUCGAUCUCGUACCCGCUUCUGAAAGCGCACUGUGAAGCGUAUGGCCCCGUGGCCCUUGUGCACUUUGACGCCCAUUUAGAUACGUGGGAUGCAUACUUUGGAGAGACCCAUACCCAUGGGACGCCGUUCCUCCGGGCGGCGGAGGAGCAUCUCUUCCGCCCCGAUGCGUCUAUGCAUGUUGGCAUCCGGGGUCCAGUCUACUCGUCCGACGACUAUGCCCGCGACGCCACCCUGGGCUUUAGCAUGUUGAACAUGGACGCGAUAGAAGACAUGGGGGUCGCCGGGGUUGUCAAACAGAUUCGGGACCGAGUGGGGCAGCACCCGAUCUACCUCAGUAUCGACAUUGACGUGUUGGACCCGGCAUUUGCCCCUGGCACAGGCACCCCCGAAGCUGGUACUUUGACUUGUAUGAUCUAUGAGAUGAUUGAUUAGUGUGGUAGGGGGGUUGAGUACGCGUGAACUGUUUGGCAUGCUGCGGGGACUGCGGGGCUUGAACGUGGUGGGGGCCGAUGUGAUGGAAGUGGCCCCGGCAUACGACCACGCCGAGAUCACCGCGUUGGCCGCCGCUAGCAUCGUGUUUGAACUCAUAAGUCUCAUGGCAACCUCUUCCGCCAAGAUACUGUCGGCUACAUGUGUGUAAUGGGAAUACUAAUCAUAAUCAAGGCACUAUAUAUAAAGGAUCUUUAUAUUUACGGUCA